CACAUCUUCAUUCUCCCCAUCCCUGUAUCUCCUUCCACCUACACUCAAAUGGCGGCACAUUCCGACUCUCAAAUGGACAAACUCACCUCCGAUAUAUUCUCCAUUCUCGAAAACAAUUUCUUAUUCGGUUACGACAAUCCGUCGCAACAAAUCAAAUCCCCCACCGGAAAAAUCAGAAUUCUCUCCAUUGAUGGAGGUGGAGCCACCGACGGUAUCUUAGCCGCCAAAUCAAUUCUCCAUCUAGAAUCCUCCCUCCGCCGUAAAUCUGGAAACCCAGAUGCCCACAUUGCAGAUUUCUUCGAUGUUGUUGCAGGAUCAGGAAUCGGUGGUGUUCUAGCCGCUUUACUUUUCACUAAAGGAAAAAAUGAUCGGCCAUUGUUCACCGCCGACGAAGCGCUUAAGUUUGUGACGGAGAAUGGACGGAGACUUUGUCGGUCUUCUAAACAAGGUCUUCUCCGCCGAAUUUUUCAGUCUCCGGUGAAGGUUUUUGACCGGACGUUUGGAGAUUUGACGUUGAAAGAUACUCUUAAAACGAUUUUAAUCCCGUGCUACGAUCUUACCAUGGGCGCAUCGUUUGUGUUUUCUCGUGCUGAUGCGGUGGAAAUGGACGGAUGUGAUUUCAAGCUGAGUGACGUGUGUGCCGCCACAACCGCUGUUCGUGGACCUGCUAAAACAUUUUCCGUCGACCGGAGAACGAAGAUUGCAGCUGUCGGUGGUGAGGUUGCGAUGAACAACCCGACGGCAGCGGCGAUCACUCACGUCCUAUAUAACAAGCAGGAGUUUCCGUUUUGUAAUGGCGUCAACGACCUGCUUGUUGUGUCACUGGGUAACGGAGAGCCGUUAUCUGUUAUGGCCGGCAACCGAACUCCGUCGCGAACGGCGCUGGUUAAGAUCGUCGGUGAAGCAGUUUCCGACACGGUUGAUCAAGCGGUAUCAAUGGCAUUUGGACAAUCGCGAACAAGUGGUUACGUACGUAUCCAAGCAAACAAAGGCUUAUUGGAUCUUGAACAACAUAAUAAGGAUGUAAACAUGUUGUUAUUAGCAGAUAAAAUGUUAAAACAACAAAACGUGGAAUCAAUACUAUUUCAUGGAAAAAAAUGUAACAGUACGAAUUUAGAGAAGUUAGAGUUAUUCGCAGGUGAAAUCUUGAAGGAAAACGAGAGGCGGAAGACUGAUGUUCUACCUUUAGUUUUACUAAACGAAACAACUACAUCGUCUUCUGCAAGAUCAUCAUCGGCCACAACACUGUCCACUAUCUCAUCAAGUUAAUCAGAUUGAUAUUGUUGUGUUUUGAAUUUUCCGCCGACACUACUAAUGAAACAGUGUAUGUGCUGGGUUACAUAUCCAAAUUAUAGAGAUUGUUUUCGUGAUUGUGUUGUGUUUGAUUUUUCAUGUAUAGUUACUUAAUAGAAGUAUUAACAAAGGUUUAAGGGAGGGCUUAUCACAAGGGUUGAUUUUUUCCCCCUUGUAGCAUAAUUUUAUAGUGAAGUUUGUUAUUGUGGUUUGGCUUGGAAAGGUGUGAUCUUCUUUGUUUGGAUCAUUUGAUAUUUUCUAUUGUAAAUCUUGGUCCUGUAACAAUGAUGCGAUUAUAAGUUUUAUUUAUAUGAUAUAUGAAAGAG